AUGUAUACAAGAGUAGAAGACGCGUCCGAAAGUAGAGAGGGAUUGACACUGCCUCUUGCCUCACAGAAGCAACGUCUAACGAGACGCUCUCUGCAUGGUCUCCAAAUACUGCUGUUCAUUGGCGCCGUCACGUUCUUUGUUAUGUUAUACAAGUCUUUCGCUUUCGGUGCCGUUGUUGGUUGCGUUGGUGGUCCUGUUGCCUCUUCCAAGAUCUCUCCGAACAAGCAUGUUCCUCAGUACUUCCAAACCAAGCCUGAGAUCUUCGCCGGUCCGACUCCAACUGGUGCCGCUCCGUUCUUAGCACAAACCAACCUUGCCCCAUUCGCGGGUACAUCAUAUAUCCCAAAUAGUCCUCUGGAGACCCAAGUGCCAAUCGCUGGCAACAAAAAUGACUCGAACAUAUUCCAAAACAUGGGACAACUUUCUCCAUACUUCCCUAAUCCUAGCGGCUUUGGCGUGGACGAAUAUCCGUUGCCUCCUGGUGCUGAGAUCGUCCAAUUAAACAUGCUGUCACGUCAUGGUUCGAGGUAUCCUACUACUGGAUCCGGAGCUCACAAGUUUGGCCUCAAGCACAAGAACAUGACCGAUGCGAAGUACACUGGCGAGCUCUCGUUUCUCAAUGAUUGGAGCUAUCAGUUGGGUGCAGAAAUUCUUGUACCUAUCGGCAAGCAGGAGCUCUUUAAUUCUGGCACUCUGCACUAUUACCAAUAUGGUCAUCUCUAUCCCAACAAUGGCUCCAAGAUCAUUGCUAGAAGCACGACUCAAGAUCGCAUGACCAAGUCUGCAGAGUAUUUCCUAGCAGGCUUCUUUGGCCUCGAGUGGACUAGUAAUGCUACAUUAAUGCUCGCUAUCGAAGACCGCACUGGUGUAUGGAACAAUACGCUUGCUGGAUACUACAAUUGUGACAACAGCAACAACUUCCGCAGCGCAGGCGGCAACAACGCCACGGUCGAAUGGUAUACAAAAUACCUUGCUGAUGCUACCAAACGUCUGCAGAAGCUGGCGCCAGGCUUUGACUGGACAGUAGAGGAUUCAUACAAUGCACAAUCCCUGUGUGCGUACGAGACCGUAGCAUAUGGUUUCUCUCAAUUCUGUAGUCUAUUCACCUACGAGGAGUGGGAAGGAUACGAGUACAGUAUCGACAUUCAAUUUGCGGGUGGUAACGGCUUCCAAUCGCCCACCGGUCGUGCUAUCGGCAUCGGAUAUGUGCAGGAGAUCCUUGCUCGUCUUCAACACCAUACGAUCGACUCUCCUAUCGCACAAAUCAACGUUACUCUGGAUAACAACACGAUCACAUUUCCUCUCGACCAGAGUCUCAACUUUGAUUUCUCCCACGACACAAACAUCAUGAGCAUCUUGACGGCCUUUGGUUUCACUCAGUUUGCGCAGUUCCUUCCGGCUGAUCGGAUCGUGCCUCGCGAUUUGAUAGUGUCACACUUGGAACCAUUCGCUGCACGUCUCGACAUUGAGAUCAUCAACGCUCCCGCUCCAGUAAAGACAUCACGCAAGAAUGAUAAUCUCUAUGAAGAAGGAAAAGCAACCAAGUACAUCCACUUCAUACUAAACCAGCGCACUAUCCCUCUACAUCGCAGCUUCCCCGAGUGUGUAGAGCGUGAUGAUGGUUGGUGCGAGCUCGACACUUUCCUCGCUGUGCAAAGCAAGAGUUAUGAGAUCUCCCAGUAUGACUGGAGUUGCAAUGGCGAUUAUCCUGCUGUUCCUUAUGGCGAGGUUACUAAUGGUGUGCCGACUCAACCCAGUCCGUAA